AAGUCUGCUUGUUGUGCACUAGCAUAACACUCAAGCUGCUUGCAAACUUUUGUGUUUUUCUACCAGAAAAAUAACGUUUAGGAUCUGUGGGUCCGCAGUAAUAAAUCAUCUGUGCGUCUCCGUCCGUCGGGAUUUUGGCAGAAGUUUGAGCAUCUUUCGUGAUAGUAAUGUGCGGAUCUUUUUCCUUCGGAUUACGCUCUUAAAGAAUAAUAACAUACAUGGACUCUAACCACCCGGUCUAAACAAAGAAGAAUGACCAUGGAUUUUUCGCAACUGCACACAUACACGCCGCCACAGUGUGCUCCAGAGAACACCGGCUAUACCUACUCUCUCAGCUCCAGCUACUCCACCGCAGCGUUAGAUUUUGAGAAGGAGCACCAGAUUGCUGCCGUGUAUGAGUCGCCCAGGAUGUCAAGGCGGAGCCUGCGCCUGCAGACCGGUGCCGGUCACUAUGGCAAUGAGAGCCUGGCUGAUUACUCCCAGAACCACAGCAGCAGCUACACCAGCACCAGGAGAGAGACACGGACACUGCGGAGCAAAAAGCAGCAGUCCAGUUCCAGCUCCCUGUCUUUAUCCUUGAGCCAAGUCAACACACCGAGGAAAACCCUCUCCUUCUCAGCUGCUAAUACUCCAAUUAACAACAACAACAGCAGCAGCAGCAGCGUCAUUCAGGAAACUAACACAGCAUCUGAUGCCUGUUUGCUCACCUCCAUCGUGGACCAGUCCCAUCUGAGACAACGCGCCAUCACCACAACCACCACCUCGACUUCUGUGGAUGGACACUGGGGGAGGAGCUCUGGCAACGACCACAGUUCAUCAAGUGUCAAUGGCGAUGCCAGUGUGUCAAAGUCCCAUAGCUCACUCUCCAACGGUUACAUCUGCAAAGACUGCUCUUUUCACUCUGCGAAGAUGGACUCCCCUAUCGCACGGUCUUCAUCAUCAUUAUCAUCAUCAACAUCAUCAUCAUCUCAGGCGGCUGAAGCUUCCUCGGGUGCCCUCUUUUCCUCCUCCUCCUCCUCCUCCUCCUCGUCACCUUUCACAAGCAUAUACUCCAGAGACCGGAGUCGAAGGAACAAGACCGGUGUCCUGGUGUCUAUGUCUAACACGUGUAUGCACUACAGCAAACGAGCCCUGGCCCCCGUAGUGUCCUUAGUCACCGUGCUCUUCAACAAUGUGCUCUGGCUGGGUUCAAGGGCAAAGAGCCCUCCAGGAAAAGGUAUACUUGGGUCGUUUUCGGACUCGAUGAGACAAGCUGUGUCCUCCAGUUUGUCCCAACUAUGGCUGUUAAAGCAGACAACUCUCCACAGGAUGAUGGGCUACAGGGCUAAUGGCUAUGAAGGACAAGCUCACUCAAGUUUCUGUGGAAGCAUGAAUGUGAAGGAUCUGGUGACUGAAGAUGCAUCACAUCUUAAUCUCAAUGGUUCCCUGUGCGAUGACUGUAAAGGGAAGCAGCAUUCAGAGACACACACCGUCCUCCUCACACAGUCCUCCAGGCCUCAACGCCUGGUGGGGGCACUGUGGAGCGUCCUAGCUUACACAGGUUACUUUGUCCUUCAGCUAGGUUACUGUGUGGUGAGUGCAGGCAAAGCGUUGGGAUCAGGGGUUGGGACAGCGGUGCACAGGCUGCUCUCACUGUUCUGGAUGCUCCUCGCAGCUCCAGUGAAGGCAGGCAGUGGAGUUCUGUGGUUUCUUGCAACAGGAUGGUACCAGCUGGUGUCUCUCAUGUCUCUCUUCAACGUCUUCUUCCUGACACAAUGCCUUCCCAAACUCUGGAGGCUCCUGUUGCUCCUUCUACCCCUUUUGCUCCUCCUUGCUUUAUGGUUGUGGGGUCCGUCCACUGCUGCCCUUCUCGCCUACCUCCCAGCCAUAAACCUAACCGAGUGGCGUCCUGCGUCUCCCUUCACCCUCCUGGCUAACUUGGUGCCAGCUUCUCCUCCAGUUCCUGCCUCUGUCCCCGUCCCUGCACCAGAGACUCCAGUGGCGCAGACCCCAGCCACCCCGAUCUCACAGGCACUACCAUCCCUCCCCCCUGUGGCGGUCUCUAGUGUGGACUUGGAGCGACUGGAGCGCAUUGAACAACGACUAACUCUGCUGUGGGAACGAGUCCAGCAGGGUGACCAGGAGCAGGAGCAGCGUCACGGGCAAGUUUUGGGUCUGUACAGCACCCUGAGGGAGCAGCUCCACACUCAGACGGACAGGGAGAGCCUGGGACUGUGGGUGUCAUCCCUGCUGGAGCAGAGACUUGGCGUGUUACGGGGAGAGCUGACGCAGGAGAGCACACAGAGAGCACAGAGUGCAGAGCAGCAGAAACGGCACCAAGAGGGUCAGGCAACAAGGCUGGCUGAUUUAGAAUUGCUGCUCAACACUCUGGCUUCCAAGACUGAGUCGGUGCAACAGAAGCAGCAGCAGUAUGAGCUCGAGAAGCAGGAAAGAGAGAAGGAGGUUGUCACUUCGUCAGCAGACACAGUUCCCGUCAGUGUGGGUGUGAAGCAGGAGGACCAUGAUGCUCUGCUAGUGGAGGUGCAGAGACUUGAGGUGGAGCUGGGCAAAAUCCGACAGGACCUGCAGGGUGUUGUGGGAUGCAAGGGCAAGUGUGAGCAGCUGGACACACUGCAGGAGACAAUAUCCUCCCAGGUGUCCUCCCAGGUGUCCUCCCAGGUGCGUAAGGAGUUGCAGGCCCUGUUCUUCAGCAGUGGUGGGUCAGGAGAGGAGCAGGGAGAGGUGCCUGAGUCUCUGAUCCUCUGGCUGUCCCAGCGUUAUGUAAGCACCCCCGAUCUGCAGGCUUCCCUGUCCUCCCUGGAGCUGAGCAUCCUGAAAAACGUGUCCCUGCAGCUGGAGCUCAACCGGGCCCAAACCCUGGGUGAGGUCGAGUCCCAAACCAAGACCGUUGUUCAAACGGUAACCGGGACUGUCCAGCACACUGCUGCUGCUGAAGGACUGACCGAAGAGCAAGUGAAGCUGAUUGUCCAAAACGCUUUGAGACUCUACUCCCAGGAUCGAACAGGCCAGGUGGACUAUGCCCUGGAGUCUGGAGGUGGCAGCAUCCUCAGCACUCGCUGCUCCGAGACAUAUGAGACCAAGACGGCCCUCAUGAGUCUGUUCGGCCUGCCACUCUGGUACUUCUCCCAGUCUCCACGUGUCGUCAUCCAGCCCGAUGUGUACCCCGGUAACUGCUGGGCGUUUAAAGGCUCUCAGGGUUAUCUGGUGAUCCGGUUGUCCCUGAGGAUCCUGCCCACAUCCUUCUGCAUGGAGCAUAUCCCCAAGGCCCUGUCCCCGACCGGAAACAUCACCAGCGCCCCACGCAACUUCACUGUUUUUGGCCUAGAUGACGAGUACCAGGAAGAAGGGAAGCUGCUGGGGCACUACAUAUAUGAGGAAGAUGGGGAGUCCCUGCAAACCUUUGCUGUUAUGGAAAAGAAUGACAGGGCCUUCCAGAUCAUCGAGGUGCGGGUGCUGUCUAACUGGGGUCAUCCAGAUUACACCUGCAUGUACCGCUUCAGAGUCCACGGAGAACCUCGGCCUCAGUGAACCAAGCCCUACCAUACACGCUCAUAUAUGACAUAUCGCCCUAUCUGUACAUAGUUCUAGCCAACUUCUUUAAAACUGAGAGAACUCGACAGUACUCUGUGGACAUUUUUGUACAAAAUACGUGAAGACACUGAAGUUGUGAAUUGUUAAAGGAAAUGUGCCCAGGCUGAAUCAUGAACAUGUUUUGCAUAUUGAAAGGAAAGUCCUUAUGGGGACUGGAAAUGAUCACAGAAGAAAAAUGGAAUCACAGAAGAAGCUAAAACUCCCAUUCCCCUUUUUGUCACAAGGACUCUUGCACUGAAUCAGCCCGUGGGAGCAACUUCCACUCCUGCAGGGCGGUGGCCGCUUGAAAUGGGGGAUUACAGUCAUACCAUUUCCUCACACCGCCUCAGUCUUCUUUUAGUUUCUGUUCUUAAUGAUCUGUAAUUAACUUUGAUUUCCUCUUAGUCUACUUUUUUUCCAGGGUCAACGCCACUGCACCUUUUGCCUGUGACACUGUCCAGGUAUGUCACUCCCAUUUGUUGCUGUCAAGUCUCUGCAAUGACUUUUACUGAGCUGUUUGGCCAGAGUGCAGGACUGGACAAUACAACACUCACAGUGGGUGUAUAUCACUGGACAUGUAAGGUUCACUACAUUCAAGGCUCAGCAUCAUGCAUCCACAUAGCCAUAACGUUUUUCUUUUGGAACUGAACAUGCUGCCUACGGACAGGCUGAAUGUUUCCUCAAGUGGAGGCUUGAUGCAAAUGAUCCUUUAACUUCACAGCAACACUAUAUAACCGCUGACCUGAGCUCCAUGUCAGGCUCCUAACUUUGUACAUUAGAUGAAAUAUGUGUAUGGUUAUGGAUGGACUUCAGAAUUAAUUCUAGCAUGUAACUCUUCCCAAACCAUUAACUUUUUACAUGCAUCAUGGAUUUGAGUGUCCUCUCUGAAGGUUUGGGUCCUGUGCCUGGAUCUCAUAUUACUAAUGACUGACGUUGAAAGCUAAAUAAUAAUUAUUUAGCUUUCAACAUCUUAGUGUAGGACGAUAAAUAAUAAAACUACACCUAUUGAUGAGUGAUUUGUUUUUCUUUUCUGUUUUACAAAGAGGGGCCUCUGUCUGUCUCCCUCUAGCUCAGUUCUAAACGUCCUCCUCACAUGGGCUCCCUCUAUUCUGAAACCUGGAAGGAAUGUAAUCUGUAUAUUUCAUUGUUGAUAGUUGGUCAUUUUAUAAUAUCUGCUUUUAUCAGUGUUCCUUUAUAUAAAAAAAAAAAAAAAGACAUCAUCCUGUCAUUAUCAUACUUUUUAAUGUAUUACAACCAUUAUUUCUACUGCUACUCAUUGUGUUUUGCUUUUUUGUCUUUGUUUUGGGGGUUGUUGAUGUCAGAGGAUGCACUGCAAUGACUUGUUAGAGAAAUGUUUGUGGCACAAGGUCUUCAUAGUUUGUUUUUCAAAAAUGGUGGGUUUGUGUAGUCAUUAAUUUUGGUUGCAAAUAUGGGGAAGUCUAAAAUGUUAUGUAUAAAGAAUGUUUUGUUCACAAUCUUAUUUAUUAACAAGUCAAUUAGUGACCGCAAAUUAUGAGUUACUGCAAUGUAUAUUUUGUCAUAAGCUGUUCAGUGCAUUUUGGAACUAUCUUGGGACUUUUUUUUUUUUUUUUUUUUUU